AUGGCGGCUGCCACCAGCGGCUGCAGCGCCCAGGGCUGCUCUGCUCCCAGCUUGAGCACCGCUGCGCCCGGCAGCUGCGCGGACGACGGCGCGAUGCCUUUCGCGCCGCCGAUGGUCGCCGAGGACAUCAUUCCGCUCACGCCGCCGAUGGGCGCGGAGGACGAGGACGCCAUUCCUUUCGCGCCGCCCAUGGAGGAGAGCGCCGAGGAGCGGGGCGGCUUCGCGGAGCGGCGCGGCGUCGCGGCGGCGGCUACGACACCCCCCAACGACCUGGGCGACUUCGAAGGGUUCGGCGAUGGCGUCGACUCCGAGGACAUGGAUUACUACGAUAACCAGGACUGGGAGUGGAUG